AUGGAGCCCCCUCCGCCGCCGCCACCGCCGCAUGGCACAAAUCCACAAAGCGGUGGCAGGUCUGGAGGUCUCCCUGAUGGCAAAUACGACAUUUUUGUCAUCCCUCCACAUUCCUCGGGCUCGGGCUUCCUCUACCUCCCUUCGCUGCAGACACACCGCAACUCCUUUUUGGCUGGAGCCUUGUGUACCGCAGCCUCCUUUUUCAUCUACUACACCGCCGUACCCGUUGUCAAAGAAUGGCUAGUGAGCACCAUCAACAGUGGCGGGACUGGCGUUUUCACGCUCAUCUGUGGUGUCGCGAUUGUAGCGUGGGCAUUUGGCAAGACCCAAAGUGAAUGGCAAAACUACACUGGAUUUAAUCGUGGAGGGUCUAAUGCGAGUUCAGGUGGUCCAAGUGGUCCAGGCCAUAAUGGCUACGGCAACACUGGAUCUUACACGCAACCAGGGCCUCAACCGAGUGCUCAAUCCCCUCCUCCCCCUCCCCCUCACCCUCAUCCUCCCCCUCCGCCUAAUCAUGGCACGAGCAGCCCUCCUCCACAAUCAUCCUGGCAGAGGCCACCCCCCCAAGCCAAUACCAAAGCCAAUACCACCAGCGCUAAGUCAAGCUGGGAGAAAGCGCGAGAAGAGACAAGGAAAAGAGAAGAGGAUCGCAAACGGGCCGAGGAACUGAAAAAGCGCAGGGAGGAAUUGGAGAAGGAAAGGCAGAAACAGAAAGACGAGCUGGAGAAGGAACGACAGAGGCAGGAACAACUAGAAAAGGACCGGCAGAGGGAGAAAGAAGAGCUCGAGAAGGAGCUCCAGAGACAGAAAGAUCAGCUAGAAAGGGAGCGACUGAAGCUGAGAGAAAAGGAACUGCUUGAGAGACUUGAACGCGAACGCAGGGAGAAGAAAGAGCGUGAGGAGAAGGAGGCGGCCGCAAAAGCUGCCGCUGCCGCUGAAGCUGCUGCUGCUGAAAAGGCGAAAAAGGAGCAGGCUGCUCGAAGUCUUCCCAAGCGUCCACCCAUGCCGACCGCGACCACGGAACGAGACGAUGAUGCAUACUCAUUCAGACCAUAUGACCGACCCAAACGAACGCACAAAGCCAAUUCUGCGGCUUCGAUGUACUCCGAGUCAUCUUACGCCCCGUCAGAGAGCACCGCCAAAACCACGCCACCUCCCUCGAUGCGCGGACCGUAUUCGACCAAAGACCCUGAUAAGAUCAUCAUCAAGGGCGUCUUCUCCUUCAACAAUGCAUUUAUGCGAACCCCAAUUUCCCAACUGAUAUCUGGACAAGGUAAUGUCACCGACGGAUUGAUCUUGCGUAUCACGACCGAAGGCCUAUUCAUCGACGACGACGUACGAGGAGUGCCGCAACGUGAGUGGGAUGUAAAGGCUUGGACGAUGAAGCUGGCAGAGAGCUGCGAACUCUCCGGUCUCCACGUUCUUCGCGCGAGCAUCCGCGAUCAAGAAGGCAAGAAAUAUGUUUUCAUCUUGUCCCAAUCCGAGGGCUGGAAAGUUGCUGUUGGUCUUCAGCGAUUGAGGAGGGGAACGCAAGUGCGUGCCCUGGGCGUCGCUGGACUGCCGAUGAACGAAGCGAAGGCGAUUCUAGAGAACCUUGGGUUUAUCUAG